AUGGCCGAUGACAAGAGCAGGAAGCAGGCUACCCUGGGGUAUGUACGGGAUGGACAGCAGACGAUUGGGAGGUUUUUCGGCUCCGGUGCCAGCCAACCGCCGAAGAAACAAACCACAUUAGCCUUUGGUGGAACGAGACAAGCAGCAAGCAGUGAAGCUGCCGAUGCAGAUACAAAGGACAACACCAACGGAGUCAAAGUGGAAGACGCCACCGACCCAACACCAACUGCUUCCCUCAAUGAAACAGAGCCAACGAAGGGUGUGAAACGGGAAAAGAGCGCCGAGGCGGAAGAAAGCGAUGGUUCCGAUGUCCAACCUGUUUCUAAGAGGCGACGAAAGGUCUCGGCAAAGACCUCUCCAGCUGCCAAGAAGCAAUCCGCAUCCCCGAAAAAGCCUGAGCCUACAAAGCCAAAGAUCGAAUCGCCAUCACCAAAACCUGCCAUUAAAAAGCCCUCCGAUGUUACUCCUGAAGAGAAGUCACCGUCGGUAGAAGAGGAGGAGGACCCAUUAGAAAGCGAGGAUGAAGAUGACCUCAAACCGGAGCUCACGAAGAAAUCAAUCGAGAAAUUCCAAGCCAAAUUGAAAGGCAGUGGUAAAGAUCCAUACCCAGACUGGAAAGCAGGCGCUCCUGUUCCGUAUGCUGCGUUAUGUACCACUUUUUCUCUGGUAGAGAUGACCAGAAAGCGCCUGGAAAUCACGGACCACUGUUCUCUCUUCCUUCGCCAGGUUCUUCGCUUGACCCCUGCCGAUUUCCUACCCACUGUCCAGCUGAUGAUCAAUAAGCUGGCUGCUGAUUAUGCCGGAAUUGAACUGGGCAUCGGAGAGUCGCUGAUCAUGAAAGCUAUUGGUGAAUGUACCGGCCGCAGCCUUGCCGUUAUCAAAGCUGAUCAAAGGGAAAUCGGAGACCUGGGACUGGUCGCUGCCAAAAGUCGGUCGAACCAGCCUACCAUGUUCAAACCCAAACCUUUGACUGUUCGAGGUGUGCAUGAAGGUCUUCUUGGAAUCGCCAAGGUCCAAGGUCACGGGUCUCAGGACAAAAAGAUUUCAGGAAUCAAGAAACUGUUGGCUGCUGCUGAUGCCGACACUGCUGGCAAGGGAGUAGACAUCACUGAAAACAAAGGCGGUCCUAGCGAAGCCAAAUUCAUUGUUCGAUUUUUGGAAGGUAAGCUAAGACUGGGACUUGCAGAGAAGACGGUUCUUGUGGCUGUUUCUCGAGCUGUCCAGACCCACGAGGCUGAAUCAGCUGGCAAUAAGAUCCCGUCCGCAGAGCAGAUGGUCGAAGGCGAAAACAUUUUCAAGACUGUUUACAGCGAGCUUCCUGCUUACGAAGUAAUCAUUCCUGCCGUUCUUGAGCAUGGUCUCAUGAAGCUGCCCGAAGUGUGCAAACUUUCUCCCGGAAUCCCUAUCAAGCCUAUGCUUGCCAAACCGACCAAGUCAAUCACCGAAGUCCUUGACCGGUUCGAAGGGAAGGAAUUCACUUGCGAAUAUAAGUACGAUGGAGAAAGAGCCCAGAUCCAUUUUGUGUCUCCGGAUUCUAUCCACCAACACCCUGGUGCCUUGGACACAUUACAAAAGGAUAGCAAGGGACUCUCCUCAAUCUUCUCCCGCAACUCGGAAGAUCUUUCAAAGAAGUAUCCUGAUGUUCUAGGCAAGCUUCACACGUGGGUCAAACCCGACGUUAAGAGCUUUGUUCUGGAUUGCGAGACUGUCGCAUGGGAUAUGGAGGCCAAAAAGGUUCUUCCAUUCCAGCAACUGAUGACUCGCAAGCGCAAGGACGUCAAAGCGGAAGAUGUCAAGGUCAAAGUUUGCGUGUACGCCUUUGAUCUGCUUUUCUUCAAUGGAGAGCCCUGCGUGAAGAAGUCCUUACGGGAACGACGAGAGCUUAUGCAUGAAUGCUUCCAACCAAUUGAGGGGGAGUUCCAGUUUGCCCAAUAUGGCAAUUCUAAUGUCCUCGACGAGAUCCAGGAAUUGCUUGAGGCCAGUGUUAAAGCUUCUUGUGAGGGUCUUAUGGUGAAGAUGCUGGACACAGAAGAGAGUGGCUACGAGCCAAGCAAGCGGAGUCGCAACUGGCUGAAGGUCAAAAAAGAUUACCUCGCCGGUGUUGGUGACUCCCUCGAUCUUGUCGUCCUAGGGGCCUAUUAUGGUCGUGGAAAACGUACUUCGGUUUACGGUGCCUUCCUUCUCGCUGCCUACAACCCCAACAGCGACACAUAUGAGACUAUAUGUAACAUCGGCACCGGCUUCUCUGAAGUGCUACUUGAAGAGCUACACCAAACGCUAGUUCCCCUGGUGAUUGACCGCCCAAAGCCAUUUUACACUCACUCAGCCGUCCCUAAGGACCAACCGGAUGUUUGGUUUGAGCCAAGACUGGUGUGGGAAGUGAAAACAGCCGAUUUGACCCUCAGCCCCCGUUACCAAGCCGCUGCGGAUGAGUUCCAAGGAACAACCGACGCUGGAAAGGGCGUGUCUCUGCGUUUCCCGCGGUAUAUUAAAUCUCGCGACGAUAAAAAACCAGAUGAGGCUACUACCACUCGUGCUGUGGCAGAGAUGUAUCGGAAGCAAGAAGCAGUCACCAAGGAGACUACGAGCAAGGGAGGUGUGGAUGAUGACUUUGAGUAUUGA